CCUAGGGUGGUUAGACUCCACCAAAUAUGUCGGCUCCUGUCGGGCCGCGGGGCCGCCCGGCUCCCACCCCGGCGGCCUCUCAGCCGCCUCUGCAGCCCGAGAUGCCCGACCUCAGCCACCUCACGGAGGAGGAGAGGAAAAUCAUCCUGGCCGUCAUGGAUCGGCAGAAGAAAGAAGAGGAGAAGGAGCAGUCGGUGCUCAAGGUCAAAGAAGAGCACAAACCACAACUGACACAGUGGUUUCCCUUUAGUGGGAUCACUGAACUGGUAAAUAACGUUCUCCAGCCCCAGCAAAAACAACAAAAUGAAAAGGAGCCCCAGACAAAACUUCAUCAGCAGUUUGAAAUGUAUAAGGAGCAGGUAAAGAAGAUGGGAGAAGAAUCACAGCAGCAGCAAGAACAGAAAGGUGAUGCUCCAACCUGUGGUAUCUGCCACAAAACAAAGUUUGCUGAUGGAUGUGGCCAUAACUGUUCAUAUUGCCAAACAAAGUUCUGUGCUCGUUGUGGAGGUCGAGUGUCAUUACGCUCAAACAAGGUUAUGUGGGUAUGUAAUUUGUGCCGAAAACAACAAGAAAUCCUCACUAAAUCAGGAGCAUGGUUUUAUAAUAGUGGAUCUAAUACACCACAGCAACCUGAUCAAAAGGUUCUCCGAGGACUGCGGAAUGAGGAGGCACCUCAGGAGAAGAAAGCAAAACUGCAUGAGCAGGCCCCGUUCCAAGGACCCUCAGGUGACUUAUCUGUACCUGCAGUGGAGAAAAGUCGAUCUCAUGGGCUCACAAGACAGGAUUCUAUUAAAAAUGGGUCAGGAGUGAAGCACCAAAUUGCCAGUGACGUAGCUUCAGACAGGAAACGAAGUCCAUCAGUGUCCAGAGAUCAGAAUAGAAGAUACGACCAAAGGGAAGAAAGAGAAGAAUAUUCACAGUAUGCUACUUCGGACAGCGCGAUGCCUAGAUCUCCAUCAGAUUAUGCCGAUAGGAGGUCUCAACGUGAACCUCAGUUUUAUGAAGAGUCUGAUCAUAUAAAUUAUAGGGACUCCAACAGGAGAAAUCAUAGACAUUCCAAAGAAUAUAUUGUAGAUGAUGAGGAUGCGGAGAGCAGAGAUGAAUAUGAAAGACAAAGGAGAGAGGAAGAAUACCAGGCACGCUAUCGAAGUGAUCCGAAUUUGGCCCGUUAUCCAGUAAAGCCACAGCCCUAUGAAGAACAAAUGCGUAUCCAUGCUGAAGUGUCACGAGCCAGGCAUGAGAGAAGGCACAGUGAUGUUUCUUUAGCAAAUGCUGAACUGGAAGACUCCAGGAUUUCUAUGCUAAGGAUGGAACGACCAUCAAGGCAAAGAUCUGUAUCUGAACGUAGAGCUGCCAUGGAAAAUCAGCGAUCUUAUUCAAUGGAAAGAACUCGAGAGGCUCAGGGACCAAGUUCUUAUCCACAAAGGACCACAAACCAUAGUCCUCCUACCCCCCGGAGGAGUCCAUUACCCAUUGAUAGACCAGACAUGAGGCGUACUGACUCGCUAAGGAGACAACAGCACUUAGAUCCUAGCUCUGCUGUAAGGAAAACAAAACGUGAAAAAAUGGAAACAAUGUUAAGGAACGAUUCUCUCAGUUCUGACCAGUCAGAGUCAGUGAGACCUCCACCACCAAAGCCUCAUAAAUCAAAGAAAGGAGGUAAAAUGCGCCAGGUUUCAUUGAGCAGUUCAGAGGAGGAAUUAGCUUCUACACCCGAAUAUACAAGUUGCGAUGAUGUUGAGAUUGAAAGUGAGAGUGUAAGUGAAAAAGGGGACAGUCAAAAGGGAAAAAGAAAAACUAGUGAGCAGGCAGUUCUGUCGGACUCUAACACCAGGUCUGAGAGACAAAAGAAAAUGAUGUACUUUGGUGGCCACUCUUUGGAAGAGGAUUUGGAAUGGUCUGAGCCUCAGAUUAAGGACUCUGGGGUAGAUACGUGUAGUAGCACAACCCUUAACGAGGAGCAUAGCCAUAGUGAUAAGCACCCUGUGACGUGGCAGCCAUCUAAAGAUGGAGAUCGUUUAAUUGGUCGCAUUUUAUUAAAUAAGCGUUUAAAAGAUGGAAGUGUACCUCGAGAUUCAGGAGCAAUGCUUGGCUUGAAGGUUGUAGGAGGAAAGAUGACUGAAUCAGGUCGGCUCUGUGCAUUUAUUACCAAAGUUAAAAAAGGAAGUUUAGCUGAUACUGUAGGACAUCUUAGACCAGGUGAUGAAGUAUUAGAAUGGAAUGGAAGACUAUUGCAAGGAGCCACAUUUGAAGAAGUAUAUAACAUCAUCCUGGAAUCCAAACCUGAACCACAAGUGGAGCUUGUUGUUUCAAGGCCUAUUGGAGAUAUACCUAGAAUACCUGAUAGCACACACGCACAACUGGAGUCCAGUUCUAGCUCAUUUGAAUCUCAAAAAAUGGAUCGUCCUUCUAUUUCUGUUACGUCUCCCAUGAGUCCUGGCAUGUUGAGGGAUGUUCCACAGUUCUUAUCUGGACAACUUUCAAGCCAAAGCCUUAGUAGAAGAACAACGCCUUUUGUUCCUAGGGUUCAGAUAAAACUAUGGUUUGACAAGGUUGGUCACCAAUUAAUAGUUACAAUUUUGGGAGCAAAGGAUCUCCAUUCCAGGGAAGAUGGGAGGCCAAGGAAUCCUUAUGUUAAAAUUUACUUUCUUCCAGACAGAAGUGAUAAAAACAAAAGAAGAACUAAAACAGUAAAGAAAACAUUGGAACCCAAAUGGAACCAAACAUUCAUUUAUUCUCCAGUCCACCGAAGAGAAUUUCGGGAACGAAUGCUGGAGAUUACCCUUUGGGAUCAAGCUCGAGUUCGAGAGGAAGAAAGUGAAUUCUUAGGAGAGAUUUUAAUUGAAUUAGAAACAGCCUUAUUAGAUGAUGAACCACAUUGGUACAAACUUCAGACCCACGAUGUUUCUUCAUUGCCACUUCCCCACCCUUCUCCAUAUAUGCCACGAAGACAACUACAUGGAGAGAGCCCAACACGGAGGUUGCAAAGGUCAAAGAGAAUAAGUGAUAGUGAAGUCUCUGACUAUGACUGCGAUGAUGGAAUUGGUGUAGUAUCAGAUUAUCGACACAAUGGUCGAGAUCUUCAAAGCUCAACAUUGUCAGUGCCAGAACAAGUAAUGUCAUCAAACUAUUGUUCACCAUCAGGGUCUCCUCACCGAGUAGAUGUUAUAGGAAGGACUAGAUCUUGGUCACCCAGUGUCCCUCCUCCACAGAGUCGGAAUGUGGAACAGGGACUUCGAGGGACACGCUCUGCUAUGGGACAUUAUAAUACAAUUAGCCGAAUGGAUAGACAUCGUGUCAUGGAUGACCAUUAUUCUCCAGAUAGAGACAGGGAUUGUGAAGCAGCAGAUAGACAGCCAUAUCACAGAUCCAGAUCAACAGGACAACGGCCUCUCCUAGAGCGGACAGCUGCCCGCUCCCGAUCCACUGAACGUCCUGAUACAAACCUCAUGAGGUCGAUGCCUUCAUUAAUGACUGGAAGAUCUGCCCCUCCUUCACCUGCCUUAUCGAGGUCUCACACUCGUACUGGGUCUGUCCAAACAAGCCCAUCAAGUACUCCAGUGGCAGGACGAAGGGGCCGUCAACUCCCACAACUCCCACCAAAGGGAACAUUGGAGAGAAGUGCUAUGGAUAUAGAGGAGAGAAAUCGCCAAAUGAAAAUUAACAAAUACAAACAGGUAGCCGGAUCAGAUCCCAGACUGGAACAAGAUUACCAAUCAAAGUAUCGAUCAGGAUGGGAUCUUCAUAGAGGGGCAGAUAAUAUUUCCACUAAAUCUUCGGACAGUGAUGUAAGUGAUAUAUCUGCGGUUUCAAGGACUAGUAGUGCUUCUCGUUUCAGCAGCACAAGCUACAUGUCUGUCCAAUCGGAACGGCCAAGAGGAAAUAAGAAAAUCAGUGUCUUUACAUCCAAAAUGCAAAGCAGACAAAUGGGCAUCUCAGGGAAGAACAUGACUAAAAGCAGCAGCAUCAGCGGAGACAUGUGCUCGCUGGAGAAGAAUGAUGGCAGCCAGUCUGACACUGCAGUGGGCGCCUUGGGCACCAGCAGCAAAAAGCGGCGCUCUAGCAUUGGGGCCAAAAUGGUAGCUAUUGUUGGUCUCUCCCGGAAAAGCCGCAGUGCUUCUCAGCUCAGCCAAACGGAAGCCAGUGGUAAAAAGCUACGGAGCACCGUGCAGAGAAGUACAGAAACAGGCUUGGCUGUGGAAAUGAGGAACUGGAUGACUCGACAGGCAAGCCGAGAAUCUACAGAUGGCAGCAUGAACAGCUAUAGCUCAGAAGGAAAUCUGAUUUUCCCUGGUGUCCGCUUGGCCUCUGAUAGCCAAUUCAGUGAUUUUCUGGAUGGCCUUGGCCCUGCCCAGCUAGUGGGGCGCCAGACUCUGGCCACACCUGCCAUGGGUGACAUUCAGGUAGGAAUGAUGGACAGAAAGGGACAGCUGGAGGUGGAAAUCAUUCGGGCCCGUGGCCUUGUUGUAAAACCAGGUUCCAAGACACUGCCAGCACCAUAUGUAAAGGUGUAUCUAUUAGAUAAUGGAGUCUGCGUAGCCAAAAAGAAAACAAAAGUGGCAAGAAAGACGCUGGAACCCCUCUACCAGCAACUGUUAUCUUUUGAAGAAAGUCCCCAAGGAAAGGUUUUACAGAUCAUAGUCUGGGGAGACUAUGGCCGCAUGGAUCACAAGUCCUUUAUGGGAGUGGCCCAGAUACUUUUAGAUGAACUGGAGCUAUCCAAUAUGGUGAUUGGCUGGUUCAAACUUUUCCCCCCUUCCUCCCUAGUAGAUCCAACCUUGGCCCCUCUGACAAGAAGAGCUUCCCAAUCAUCUCUGGAAAGUUCAACUGGACCUUCUUACUCUCGUUCAUAGCAGCUGUAAAACUGUUGUCAUAGCAACCAGCGUUACAAAAAAAAAAAAACCCCACAGGUCGCAAACCCUGGUAACACUGCAUGCUUAAUGUUGUGUCUUCUGAGCCUGUUUCUAGGGAUACAAAGCGAUCCUGUGUUCUCAGAGGAAGUUGCACACAUUGUGCCCUAAAGAAGGCCCUCAGGUGAAAGAGCGGAGCUAUGACGAACUAUCAGGUUUGGAGUUCAAUAACACUCACGUUUUGGUCCAAUCUGAAGCCAUGGAUUAAUCUCAAAGAAUCAGUUUCAUGCAACAAAAGCCCUUUUCAAUGGCACCUUUAUAUUUUUAUCGUUCCUUUUUCUUCAUUUCUCUGACCCCAAAGUCCUGUGAUACCACAGAAAUGGAGCUAUCCAGCCAUUAAGCCAUGUUACAAGUCAAGGCAUGAAGUCCUAGGAAGCAUCAGGUGAAAAGCAAGAGACCAAAGACUUGGUCCAGGACAAAAAUGUCAGCCCUCCUCUGGACGGGGACGGGAGCAGCCAGUCCAACGUGACAGCGUGAACAGUGGCAGACUUAGAGCUCCAGCAGGCAUGGCACUCACUAAUGCCAAGAUGAGUUGGACUCUGAAAGACAAAAUUCUGUGGCUACACUGUACUGAAUGAAAUUAAAGAAACUUUUUUUUGCAUGGACACAGAUUAGCUGAAUACUUAAAUUAUUUUCUUGGGGCUGCAACUUGCAAAAAAUAAAAAUAAAAAUCAGCCAUUUUCAACAAUUUAUAUUAUUUUUAAAAAUAAAUUUCACUAGUGCAUGGUUUUAAAAAAGGGAGAGAAUGCAACAGGGUGAUACAAAGACACACCAUGUUUAUUCUUUAAAGUAAUCAUAGUCUGUGUUUUGGCAGACAUUACAGAAGAAAAUACUUUCUAGAAAAUACUUAAAAUUCUCUUCAUGUGACAAAUAAGUAUAACAUAUUCAAUUUAUUUCCAUGUUAAAUAUACAAAUCU